AAAGAGUAUGAGCAUUCUAGCACUCCCUGUUUCUAUGUACCUGCUGUAUUUAAGGACCGUCUUAGUGGCCACCACGAGCUGACAUGAACAUCUUUACUAAGGUCCCCGGACUAGCCAAACAAACCAGCAAGCUGGGGUCUGUGCUCCAACGUGCCUUCUACGGGUCCAGUGGGAGGGUGACCCUUUUCGAGCAGAGGAACUUUGCAGGUCGCCGACUGGACCUGACCUCUGACUGUCAGAAAUUGAGCGAAAAAAACUUUCCCGACAGAUGCAACUCUGUCCAGGUGGAGAGUGGAGCAUGGGUGGCAUAUGAACAUGAGAACUUCCGUGGACGUCAGUACCUCUGGGACAUGUUUGACAGGGGGGAGUACAACUGCAGUGAUAGGUGGUGUGCUCAGGGUGACCACAUCUCCUCUGUUCGUGCUGUGAAACAAGACAACAACCCUCCCCGUGCACAGCUGUUUGAGAGGGCAGCUUUUUCGGGAAAGAAGACAGAGCUCCAUGAUGACAUCCCCAACCUGAUGAGCCGUUACAGCCUUAACAGAGUGUCCUCCGUAAGAGUAAUGGGCGGAACCUGGGUGGCGUACCAGGAGCCUAACUACAGGGGAGCACAUUACAUCCUGGAGAAGAAGGACUACAACAACUUCUCUGACUGGGGUGCUCAAAACAGCACCAUUGGCUCAAUUCGCCGUGUCCGCUUCAGCUAAACAAAACCCCCUGACAAACACCCGCAUCUGUCAGCUCUUCAUACAAACAAUAUGCCAGCCCCACAGAAGACCUAUUUUAGUAAUAAACUGAUGCAAAAGACAAA